AUGUCGGUGGCCCUGGUGCAGCGAGUGGGAGGGAACAGAAGGCAGAAUGACCCACUUCAGAACCAACUAACUCCUCUCACACUUGUAAGCCAUGAUGAUGGGAACCUGCCUAGUUUUCUGAACCAGCAAGUGUGUCCAGAGGCUAAUAAACAGCAGAGAACAAAGGAGCCCUGGGGGCCCAGCCUAGGAAUCAAAAAGGCUCUGCAGAGCGAGCUGGCCUCAGAAGUGCUUGCCUCUCACCCAGCAGUGCAUCAGCCAGCCUUCUCUGGUCUCUUCUGCUUGCCCACAGCCGGGCAAGUAAGGAGCACUCUGCUUAGAAGGCCUCAUUUUUCCAGCGUGAUUACGCCGGCACUACUCUGUGGCUUUCUCUACUUCGUGUGGAUUGCUGCUGCAAUUCCAGAAAGGAGCAGAGGCAUGGCUGGGACUAGUGCCAGGAGCCGGGGAAGCCACCGGGAUCACGCCUUCGUCCCAGAGUCUUUUGAUGGAACUAACAUGGCCCCACAUCUCUGGCUGCAUCGCUUUGAGGUCAUCAACGACCUCAACCAUUGGGACCAGGUCACGAUGCUGAGAUUCCUGAAAGAAUCCCUCAGGGGAAAUGCCCUGGAGGUCUACAGAGGACUGGCUCCCGAGGACCAGGGAGACUUUGGGGUUGUGAAAGAGACCCUGCUGAAGACCUUUGGGAGCCCUGGGGCUGCCUGCAGCCACCUACCCAAAGAGAUCGUCUUCGCGAACAGCAUGGGUAAAGGCUACUACCUCAAGGGGAAGAUUGGCAAAGUGCCCGUGAGGUUCCUGGUGGACUCUGGGGCCCAGGUUUCUGUGGUCCACCCAAGCUUGUGGGAAGAGGUCACUGAUGGCGAUCUGGACACCCUGCGGCCCUUCGAGAAUGUGGUCAAAGUGGCCAAUGGUGCUGAGAUGAAGAUCCUGGGUGUCUGGGACACAGUGGUGUCUCUGGGCAAGCUGAAGCUGAAGGCAGAGUUCCUCGUGGCUAACGCAAGUGCUGAAGAGGCCAUCAUCGGAACAGACGUGCUCCAGGACCAUAAUGCUGUCCUGGACUUUGAACAUCGCACCUGUACCCUGAAAGGAAAGAAGUUCCGCCUUCUGCCUGUUGGAGGGUCCCUGGAAGAUGAGUUUGACUUAGAGCUCAUAGAGGAGGAAUCUUCCCCACAGGAGGGGCAGUAGCUCUCUUUGUGA